UUUUGACCGCCACCGUCGGCUAUGGCCGACAUCUGAAAUACUUGCCAAGGACGCCAACGACGGCUACAGCUGACAGUUUCGCCAAUGCAAUAGGGACUAACGCGCGACUCCGUAAAGUUCAAUUUCGUUUAAAUAAUCGUGAUCGCCUGCGUCCGGGGCACGGCAAAUUCCUUCGCUGUCUGGCGUUCAAGAGGUUAAAAAACUAAUCAUUAUGUAUAUUUAUUUACAGAAUGAGCUGAUAGUGACAGUGAAACAAGGGAAGCUACAGGGUGCUACAGAGACGUUGUAUGAUGGAUCAACAUAUUACAGUUUCAAGGGCAUCCCGUAUGCCCAGGCACCGGUGGGACAACUGAGGUUCAAGGCUCCCCUGCCACCUCAAUCCUGGGAAGGCAUACGCCAAGCGACGGAGUAUGGUUCCAUCUGCGCGCAAUAUGACUCCGUCUUCAAACUCUUCAAAGGCAGCGAAGACUGCUUGUUCCUCAACGUCUUCACCAAACCCCGCCAUGGUCGCACACCUGUCAUGGUCUUCAUACACGGAGGAACCUACUUAACUGGAUCUGGAAACGAUGACCUGUACGGACCAAAGUUUAUCGUUCAACAGGAUGUUGUCCUGGUCACGUUGAAUUACCGCUUGGAUGUGCUUGGAUUCUUAAGUGUGGAUACCCCUGACGUUCCCGGCAAUGCGGGAAUGAAGGAUCAAGUUGCUGCGUUGAAAUGGAUAAAGGAGAAUAUUGCAAAGUUUGGUGGAGAUCCGGAUAAUAUUACGAUUUUUGGUGAGAGUUCGGGGGCUUGCUCUGUAAGUCAUCAUAUUUUGUCGCCGAUGACCAGAGGACUGUUCCAUAGAGUUAUCGCGCAAAGUUGUACUAGUAUCCAUGAUUCGGCGAUAGGUGAAGACAGCAAGAGCAGAGCGUUUAGAGUUGGAAAACUUUUAGGAAGAGACACGAAAAAUACCACUGACCUGCUUGAGUUUUUAAGAUCUCUACCAGCAGCCAACCUAACUAACUUGACUUCUGCUACAAGUACGGACGACGAGCAGUAUAGAGGACUCCCUGAGCGAUUUUUGCCAGUUGUCGAAAAGAAAUUUGAUAAUGUCGAAGCGUUUCUAAGCAAAAAUCCUUUGGAUAUUCUUCAGUCAAAAGAAAUUCGUAAAGUUCCAUUGAUGUUAGGUUAUAACUCCGCUGAAGGCAUUAUUAUAAUUCAAGAUAGAUUAGGAAAGUUAUACAUUUACAAUAACAACCCAUCCUACGACGUGCCUAGAGAGAUAGCUGAAAAACUAACCCAAGAAGAAAUGAAUGAUAUGGGUAAAAGGAUUAGAAAUUUUUAUAUCGGUGACAGAGAGUACACAAGAAAUGAUUAUGAGGUGAUUGUCUCUAUGUUAUCUGACGAGCAUUUAGUGUAUGACAUGCAUAGAUUUACCGAUUUGUAUUCUAAACACAACAGUCCCAUUUAUAUGUACAGGUUCAGUUUCGAGAGUGACCUUAAUUUUGUAAAGAAAUUAGCUAGCAUGGGUUUGGAUUUGAAAGGAGCCUGCCAUGGCGACGACGUAUUUUAUAUGUUUUCUAGUAAUUUUACCAAAGAUGCUUACGAAUCGCAAGAUAAAUUGAAGGAUUACGUAUCGAAGGUGACAAAAUUAUGGACGGAUUUUGCUAAAACCAGCAACCCAACUCCAGACAACAGCUCUGGACCAAGAUGGCCGGUAUACACGACGAAGAACAAGGAAUUCCUAGACAUCAACGUACAAUCGACAGCGGGAAGCUUCGCUGAGAAACAGAGAGUGGAAUUCUGGGACUCCCUGUAUUGUGAGGCUGGCCUGCCUUGUAUAAAAAAUAACUAA